CAAUAUUUACUAUAUUUAUUACCAUUUAAAAGUGAAAAUGCCACAACAGUUAAAGAUACUGCAGUGUUGUCAUGGUUUUGUUUUGUUUUUUUGGUUGGGAUGACAGAGGAAAAAUACAAUGGGAAAAAACCCCAGUACAGUUAUAAUGAGAUUUUCAUCACUUAAGAAACAGCCACCAAAGAAAAAGAAAAUGACAAAACAAGUAGAGCGGAAACCCUGCAAAGUUUUCAGAUCAACAUUUCUUUAAAAUGUAAAUAAGACAACUCUCUGGAGACCUGACUGAAACGCUUAUGUUCAAAAAGCUGCAAAGAUCAAUAGGACAGUGCAUAUGUAUGAGUUUGAAAUGUCUCGUUCUUCUUUUUAAAAGCUUACUCCUGGAAGUUGUAGGAGCUUGAAGUGGCAAACAUUUGGUAUAUUCCAUGGAUACCUCAGCUGUUAGGAAAUGAGAAGUGGAUAGUUUUGUAGACCUAGGAUACAUUUACACUGUUGGAAUUAAUUCAGUUUGACACCACUUUAACUUCCCUGGUUCAAUGCUGUGGAAUCACAGAAUCAUAAAGUUGGAAGAGACCACAAAGGCCUUCCAGUCCAACGCCCUGCCAUGCAGGAAAAUGACAAUCAAAGCAUUCCUGACAGGUGGCCAGCCAGCCUCUGCUUACAAACUUCCAAAGGAUAAUGGGACUUGUAGUUUUACAAAGUCUUUACCUUUUUCUUUCAAAGAGUGCGGAUGCCUCACCAAACUACAAUUUCAAUUAUUCCAUAGCAUUGAAUUAUGACAGUUGUGGUGUCAAACUGCAUUAAUUCUGCAGUAUAGCUGCACCAUAGGAGAGAAAACAGAGACAUGCUUUCUUCAUGAUUGAUUCCCAAAGGAGCUUUGGUAACAUUUGAGUCCCAUGAGACUAGAUGAAGAGUUCCCAUAUGAGUGCUGCUGUUCCUUAUGGAUUGGUGAUGCUGCUGAUGUGAGCAUUUAGCACAUGAUCCACGACUCUAGUCUGAAUGCUCUCUGUGUAGUGCUGGAUCCAGCUCCAGGGAAGCAGCAGUCAUGCCACUUGGAUAACAUGAAUCAGGCUUUUGUACUUUACUGUGGAGUUAAAUACAGUGUAAUUACACUUCCUUGAAAUUUCUGAACAGCUGCACAUUGACAGAAAUGAGAGGGAGGCUAUAUUUAGACAACAUUUGAGACUCAUCUGCACUGUAGAAUUCAUGCAGUUUGAUACUACUCUAAAUGCCAUGGCUCAAUGCUGUGGAAUCCUGGGAGUUGUCAUUUAGCAAGACCUUGAUCCCCUUCUGCCAAAGAGUGCUGGUGCCUCAACAAACCAUAACUCCCAGGAUUUCCUAGCAAUGAACCAUGGCAGUUAAAGUGGUGUCACAGUGCAGUAAUUCUACUGUGUAGAUGCACCUUAUUUGCGGAUGACAAAACGAAAGGAAAUGCAGACCCAACUGCCUCACCAGCUCCUCCAGACAUGAUAUUAAAAGAUCUGAAAGUCUGACCCCCAAAGUAAAAAUCAUAAGAAAAGUGGAAGCUGGUAAAAGAACAGCUAUAAUCCUUGGAUGCCUACCAGAAAAGGAUUUGAAGUGAUCUCUAGAAGGUACAAAUAUUUUUUAUUUACUUAUGCACAUUUACCUGACCCGGGUUUUCAUUUCACAUGACCGUAUUAUCAAUUCAGUAUAUUUCUCAAAAAUUGCUGAAAUGUGGAGAACAACUCUUCUUUUUUAUGGUGUGGGAAUCAAGAUGCAUUCUUUCCCUCUUAUUUCUACCUCUGAUAUCAUUUUUUUUUAUUCAAAAAGUAAUUCCCAGAAAAACAUAUGGUUUGUUUACUGUAUUGUAACUACUUUAAGGAAAAACAGAAGCGAGGAAAUGUUCUGCCAUGUCAUCUUUAUCUGUAUUUACUCAGAUGUAAGUACCAUUACAUUUAUUGGAAUUUUGACCCUAGCUGAGCAUGCUUAAAAUUUUCAAAGCAGUCUUUGAAAAUCCACAUGGUACAAUGAGCAGAUCAUUGUGAAUAGUCCUGUUUAUGUCUGGGUGGGUGCAUCUACACUGUAGAAUUAAUGCAGUUUGACUCUUGUUUUAACUACCAUGGCUGAACGCUAUGUAUUCCUGGGAGUGGUAGUUUAUUGAGGCACCAGCACUCUUUGGUUAAGAAGGCUAAGGACCUUAUAAAACCACAACUCCAUCAUUCCAUAGAAUUGAGCCAUUGCAGUUAAAGUGGUGCCAAACUGCAUUAAUUCCACAGUGUGGGUGCACCCUUUAUCAUUCAUCAGAACAACACCUUUUGUCUGCUAUCAAUGCAAAGGUGAGCAGGAAGACUUUUAUUACACCAAUAGGAUUGGAUAAAAACUCACUUUGGAAAGGUGUGUUUGUUUGUUCCUGUGUAGGAAGGAAAACUCUUCAAGAAGAGCUGCUUUUUAUGACCAGCUUGGUAUGCUAUGUGAAGGGAGAGGAACAAAGAAUUAGCAAAAGAUAACUCCUGGUGUGCAUCUACACUGUAAAAAGAAUGCAGUUUGACACAACUGUAACUGUCUUGGCUCAAUGCUUUGGAAUAAUGGGAGUUGUAGUUUGGCGAGGCACCAACACUCUUUGUCAAAAAAGGCUAAAGACCUAUCCACAAAUCCCACAAAUUCAGAGCAUUGAGCCAUGGCAGUAAAAGUAGUAUCAAGCUGCAUUAAUUCUAUAGUGUAGACGCAUCCCUGGAAUCAUAGAGCUGCUAAAGAGAUGGAAAAGGGGGGAUAGAAAUCUGGAACCUGCCUAAUUCUUCAGUAACAGGGGCAAGGAUUCCAAAUAGUGACUGCAAAGAAGAGGGAAGACUCUCAAGUUAGGGAUGAAGUUUGCCCAGGGCAGGGGUACUGUGUAAGAGCUGGAAGUCUCUAUAUUCCAUGGAAGGAGACAUGAAAGCCUGAAUUCUUGUCUCCAGAGGUCAGGCCAGAGUUAAUUCCUUUGAUACCUGAGUUUUGGUCCCUCCCCUUCUGAAACUGGUUGGACAGCUUUCCUGGGUCUCUUACCUGAGCCACUCCUUCUUGCUUUUUUUCCUGGACUUCAGCAGGCCUUUCCUUUCCUGGUAUCCUUUCCCUUCUUGCUUCUUCCUGGGUAGAUUUGGUCCCCAAUUGAACUUGUCCUCUAAUACCUUCUUCUCUUUGUCCACUCUGAAAUUCUUCUUCUUUUCUGCCUUUGUCCUGAGACUUUCCAAACAAGAAGCAAAGUCGAAGGGUCCCCUCCAGGACCCUCGGAUGCCAUGGGUACCUCAGGAUUGGGUCGCUGUCGACUGGCGCUGGCCUUUGCGGUGCUGAUGGACGCUGCAGGCACCGGGGCCCUGCUGACAGGCAUCUUUGCCAGGCUCCGGCUCCGAGGCCGGGACUUUGGGGAUCUUCUGAUCUACUCCGGAGCCGUCCUGGUGUUCCUGAGCCUGCUGGGCUGGAUCAUGUGGUAUACGGGCAAUAUCGAGAUCGCCCCAGAAGAACUGGCAAGGGAUUAUGGUGCCAAGGGAGGCACUCUGGCCCGACUCGCCAGGAAGAUCUCCCGGACCUGGUCCCGACGCCAAGGUGGUGGACUGGCCAUGCGGACAGUGCCAAGCAGCCGGGAAGCAGCCUAGAGGAUGGAUGGUUGAAUGGACUUCUCAGGAUAAAUGAUGCUCAUCUAUGGGAACUGGACCUGAGCUGAGAUCCACUGCAUUAGAAGAGGAUGUUGAGACUCAUUUCUUCACCUGUAUGAUCUGAAGCAGGUUGCCUUUCUUCCUCAUUAUCUUUUGUAAAAACGUUGCUUAAAAUAAUUUUCAAUAAUAUUUUUCCCAAAAACAAA